AUGAAAGCUAUAGCAGAUACUUUCCCAGCUUUAGGAGAGAAAGUUAAUUGGUUUCCUGGCCAUAUGUAUAGAGCCUUGAGAUUGAUGAAAGAGAAUGUAGAUAAAAUAGAUUGUUUCUUAGAAAUACGAGAUAGUAGGGUACCAAUAUCUUCUAGAAAUCAAGAAUUUGAUGAUUUAUGCUCGUUUCAUUCUAAGAAAAAGAUUAUAAUUUUCAAUAAAUAUGAUUUAAGUAAUUAGCGUGUUAUGAAUAAUGUGAUUGAAAAAUAUAACAGAGUUGGAAUUGACUGUUUUGCUGUUUCAGCAAAAAAGGGAACUAAUAUGAAAGAUAUCAUUACUUAACUCUAAUAAAGAAUGCCAGCCAAAUAUGAUACAGUAGGAACAUGGCUUAUGAUAUGUGGUAUGCCAAAUGUAGGCAAAUCUACAAUUAUAAAUUAAAUAAGAUAAAUCGCUCCUGAAUUGCACAAUAGAAGAGCUAUUAAUAAAGCUACUGCUACUCCAUGUACAACAAAAUCAGUAGUUGGAGUCAAAUUUUCUCAAAAACCAUUAGCUUAUUUAGUUGAUACUCCUGGUGUGAUGAUACCAAAUAUAUAGGAUGAUGAAACAGCAUUAAAGUUAUCAUUAGUAGGAUGUAUUAAGGAUGUAAUACCAGGAAAAGAGCCUAUUUUAGAUUAUUUGGUUUGGAUAUUGAAUAAGCAAAAGUAAUAAACAUAUUAACAUUAUUAUGGUAUGAAAGAGCCUGCAAAAACAGGUGAUGAAUUAUUCGUACAUGUAAGAGAUAAAUUUAAUCACUAUAAUUAUGACACAACUUAUGACUUCAUUUUGGAUGACUUUCGUACUGGUAAACUAGGAAGAAUUACUAUGGAUACAAUUGAUUUUUGA